AUGUGGACAUUGUUAUGCCAAACAAGGCUUGACAGAAGACUAGGAGGGUUGGUAGCGACUAACACAUGGCUUCCGUUCGCCAAGAAUAUCGAAAAGAUUCUUGCUGGGAGAGGAAAUGCUUCACAGGACGACAGGUCUGAUUCGGAUGCUUUUGUGGAGAGCAUGACAUCGGCAUGGAUCACGGCACCAAGCCGCUCUCUCUUGUCAACACCUAUCUUUCUAGGCCACGGGACCGACGAUGCUAUGGUUGAUGUUCAGCUCGGACGUGAGGCCAGAUAUGUGCUCUCCAAAGUAGGGUUUCGGGUUGAGUGGAAGGAGUACUUGGGUGCAGAGUUGGAAGGUCACUGGAUCAAGGUGCCAGAGGAGGUUGAUGAUAUCACGGCCUUCCUGAAAAGAUUUACCGUGGUCGGGUGUGUUGUGAGUGCCUUCCAUGAUUACUGCCUCGGACGGGACCAAAGAUGCACCUUCCUUUUAAAAGUUUUUGCCAUGCCCUACAUCAGACUCAUGUCAAAAUUUCAAGCAACAUUUUGUGCGGUGCAAACCAUAGGACCACCCAUCAACAAUCCCAAUAUGGAGUGUACCAAGGACACCACCCAGGACACAGGUCCAGACCAGCUUCAACAAUCCGUUGCCACCGGCUGGGCUACCUUUCUCGCUGCCCAGCAUUGGUCCCGGGAAGUAGAUGCCCUCAGAAGGUCCCUCAACGAGCACAUCAAGCAGACAAGCACACAGCAUGAGCUUUUGUCCGUUGCUGUUGUGCAGUCCAAACCAAGCUCUCCUGUUACUGAAGCCAGCCUUGAAAACCACCUCGAAUCAUUGCGGCAGGAAAUGAUGGAGAGCAUGUCUCAGCUCUCGCAAAAAAUUACAUCUCACGAGGAGAGAACUGAACAUCUCCGGUCUCUCACAUCUGAUGAUAUCAAGGACGUUCAAGAGAAGUACUUAUCAGCGCUCGGCAUGGUCGAAUACCUGCAGGGGGAGCUACGAGACAUGAGAUCAGACAAGGUCAACACUGAAAACAAGCUCACGGCGCUAGAGCGAGAUACUGAAAACAAACUCACGGCAUUGGGACGCCAGAUUGCUGCUCUACUACCGCCUCAAACACCCUUGCCCGACGAGGCCGUCAGUUUCCUCAACCAGCUCGUCUCUCGUCGUGCUGAAGUGAUGAGAAUCCUCAGCCUCCCCUGCCAUGAAGAGUUCACACAGUUGCGGCAAACCCAUGGUGAGAGAACGCCUGAACAAAUCUCCAUCAGACCUUGGGCUUACCUCCUAUAG